GCCGAGACCUUCCAGUCCCGCCGCGGACUCCACUUUUAUCAGUGUGAAGAAAGAACCUACGGACGAGCCCAGCAGUCCUUUAGAGGCCACCAGUCCCGGUUCCAUUCUACGCAACAACAACGCGAGAUGGCUCACGUGAAAAGCCAAUGGACGUGUAAACCAUUAAAAAUUGGCGGGCAAAUCCGCGCUCGCGCUACUAGGAAAAAGUUCGCCUUAUAAGAAAAGUAAGAGAAAGAAGAAAGAAACAAAAAGAGAGAAAUAAAGAGAAAAAAAUAGCCACAAGAGCAAUAAAGACGUAUCAGGCGUUCGGUCGAUUGCGUAUCCCAAGAAUAAUGGGUUGAACUUUCAAGUGGCAUUUUCCAUUCGUAAGAAGCUAAAAUGGAAGUACAGCGAGACGAUGAGCUGCUUCAACUUUCACGUCGAUUACGUUCUUAACGAAUGGUAGUCGGAAAUUAUGCGUUAAUUGCAAUCAGAAGACGAAGAAAUCAGUGUUAAGUGACAAAGUGCGAAAUCCAGCAACAAAGCGAUAAAGUAUCAAACUUCCGUAAACGCGGCAGUGUUGUCCUUUUAAAAAUUAUCCCUCAUCAAAACCGACCGCGCCCGCAUUCUCUGUUCAUUCGAUUCGUAUCGAGUGUCUCGUCGAUCUUCAUUGUCCGCACAUCCCAUCCGUUAUUUAUACAUUCGCGAGGAAAUCUCGGGAGCAUAAUCUUCCACUCGCAACUUUUAUCGCGCUCGUCGUAUCGCAUUCGUCGCGCGAUCAUUACGGCCGUGGUCGAAUUAAAUCUUAUUAAGCAGCAGUGUAAAUGCAAAUACAAGAAACGCGAAGCCGGGGAAGAGUGGCCGCGAGAUAGACGGAGAGAGGCGUAAUACCUGCGAGGAAACGAGGAAACGUUACUUGUGGUUCAAGGACCCCGCGAAGUUACGAGAAAGACGAGCAGCGACAACGACGACAACGACAACAACUGCAAACUCGAGCGGGAAGACAUGUUCGUUAUGCUCGCCAAAAUCGAUCAUUAACAUUAAAAUAGUUUGUUAAAAAGAAAAAAAGAAGAUAUCAUUUCUCAGAAGACGCCUGAAUGCUGGAUGAAAUGCUGGAUAAAUUAUCGAGAUACAGGAUAUCCUUUCGCAAUAAAACCGUUUCACUAAUGACGCUCGACGUGUCCUGCGAGUUAUGCCGGUUUAACUUACGCGACGCGUCGACGGAGGCAUCACUCUUCAAUAGGAACGCCUUAUAUAUGAUAUAUAAAAGAUGUUAUCUACCGAUUGAAAUAGCGUUCCACCGGUUUGUGUAUAAGUAACGAAGGGGAAAGUUUAACCGAACGAAGUUAGAACAAGUUUCGAACGAAGUAUCAAGUCUCGAAUAAUUAAACGAUAGCCACUUUAUUAUCAUCAAGAAAAUUCGACUGAUACAUAACUUUGUUAUCGAAAAGCUUUGAUUGAUGGAUGUUUGAAGAUUCAAGGAAAGUGACGACGUUUUCUUCAAAUUUUCUGUCACUGCAAGGAUCGAAGAGAGAGACAAGAAUCGGUGGAUAGGAUAAUCGUGACUAAAAUUCAACGUCGUUCAAUUCUCGAGAAGUGGCGAUUUUCAAAGAUUCGCGAGAGGAGAGUAACUCUCGUGACGGAGAGUUUCUCUUGUUCUCUUCGCGAAAGCUGCGAAAGUGCCUGUCCGUGGAUCGAGUCGAGACUUACCGCCGCAGGACCGUCGUCGAGAGGUCGAGAUAAGGAUCGAGAAGGCGCGCGCGAAUGCUGAAUGCCGCAGACGGUAGCAUCGGCAGGAAGCGCGACGUGCACCACGCUGUUCGCCGUCGGCGUCGCCGACGCCGUGAUCGCUCGUACGUACGUUCGAUGCCCGUACAAUGGACGUUUUCAAACUCGAUCAGUCGCUGAGCGCGGGUUUGGGCAGCGCGCCGGCGCCGGACACCCUCACGCCGGAAGUGUCAUUCGACGCCGGCAGUGAGUUCAACUUGAGCUUCUUCGACGGCCCGGAGGAGAACAACAGCACCCAGGGCUUUAGCGACCCUGGUUCCGUCGGUAGCGCCAGCGCCUCGCCGCCCCCCGGUACACCCGGUGGCGCUGUACCCCCCAUUGCCGCCGCGACCGUCGCUGCCGCCGCCGCCGCCGUCGCCGCCGCCACCGUCGCAGCCUCCGCCUCCACUGGAGGCGUUAAUAAUCCGAACGCGCCUCCGCUGCCGAUUGUCCAAGUGCCCACCACUGGCAUCGUCAUUAAGCAAGAACAGCAUUACGCAGCAGCUGAUUCCAACAGUUCGACGCCCGCUAAGAGCUUCGUACCUUGCAAGGUUUGCGGCGAUAAGGCGAGCGGUUAUCAUUACGGCGUUACCAGCUGCGAAGGUUGCAAAGGCUUCUUCAGAAGGAGCAUACAGAAGCAGAUAGAGUACAGGUGCUUGAGGGACGGCAAGUGUCUUGUCAUCAGAUUAAAUCGGAACCGUUGCCAGUACUGCAGAUUCAAGAAGUGCCUAGCCGUCGGCAUGUCCAGAGACUCCGUGAGAUACGGCAGGGUGCCGAAACGCUCGAGAGAACGCGGCCCUGAGGACACGAUGGCGACGACCAUGACGACGACGACGACGACGACGACGAUGGCGGCUAUGGAAAUGCAGCAACUGACUACACCUGAUACCGGCAACAACAAUGCCAGCAACAAGAACAACAAUAACAACAACAAUAACAACAAUAAUAAUAAUAACAAUAACACCCAGAGCCAAAACGCGAUCUCACGGGUACCAUCGGCGGCAGUGGUCGAGGCUGAUCAAUCAGACGCUGACGUGAAGCAACUGGCUGUAUACGAUGUGAUUCAUCAGGUCUCUCAGGCUCAUCACGCUCAUUGCGGCUUCACGGAAGAGUCCACUAGGGGCCUCACGAGGAAACCUAUGAUAAUACCGGCGAGUAAUUCUUCGCAGCCCGCGAGCCCGGAAGAUCCAGAAGCAGCAUCCUCGACCGCGGAAACUGUUGAGUCGCAGAGGAUCUGGUUGUGGCAGCAAUUUGCCACUAGAGUGACGCCGUCGGUACAGAGGGUGGUGGAAUUCGCAAAACGGAUGCCGGGAUUCUGCGAACUCUCGCAAGACGACCAGCUGAUCCUGAUCAAAGUCGGCUUUUUUGAGGUAUGGCUCUGCCACAUCUCCAAAAUGACCACCGAUAAUUCGAUGACUUUUGAAGACGGCACUUACUUCACCCGCCAGCAACUGGAAUUGAUGUACGAGCCCGAUUUUGUAUCUGCACUAAUGCAAGUCACGUCAUCGUUAAAUGCCCAUCAACUGACGGACACCGAGCUGGGCCUGUUCUCGGCGGCGGUGCUGCUGAACGAACGAUCAGGACUGAACGACGUCAAGGCCGUUCAAAGGCUGCAGGAUCGCGUCCUGGAGGCAUUGAGGGUGCAAACAACGCGACCCUCUGGUGAAGGUGCCGGCGGCACCGCGAUCACCAACGUCUCGCAAAGGAUACCCGAACUGAGAGCGCUCGGCGCUAGACAUGCCAAUCUCUUAGACUGGUUUCGCAGGAACUGGACGAAGCUCAAAUUACCGCCGCUGUUCGCCGAGAUAUUCGACAUUCCUAAAUGCGAGGAGGAUUUGCAAUGAAAAGCAGCCUCUAUAAGCUACAGCGAGGUAAUUCGAGACCAAUGAUGCCGUGCUGUCGGUGAUAAAUUGGGCCCAGCGUUUACCGAGGCCGUUCUGAAUAUCUAGAAUCGUUUUAACUCAUAGAGUUAGCGAAAUACAUCUAACACGAUGAUGAGACUCAAAUUGAAUGAAGAACGGACGGUUGAAACGAGGAAUGAAGUAUGCCUAUGAAGAUUGUUUAUCACAAGAGAAAUUAGAAAAUUAGAGAGAAAAGAAAAACUAAGACGCGAUUGUCGACGACUGAUGGCGAUUCCCAUUGAGUUGUCUCGGUUAUUUAAAAGUCAGCGGAAAAGGAAUUUUGGUUGAAAGAUCGCGAAAGAAAUUUGCCGUACUAGAAAAUUAAAAAA